AUGGCGACAGCUACGGUUGGGGUGCUCAACAGUGCGAGCGUAGGGCCCUUAGUGCCUGUAUGCCAAGCAUUCAAGGGGUUGAUCGAGGCUGUCGAAGGUGCAGCGGAAUCCCACGACAAGCUGAAGAGGUUGAUAUCCCGGUGCGCUUUCCUCACCACAGUCUUGAUUCAGCACGACCGAGCGGUUGGUCCGCUCGCCCAGGUGCAGAAGCCCAUAAAAGACUUCGUCGCCACGACCAACGAUCUGGCGGCCUUUGCGGCGAAGUGGGCCAAGGGCAGCAAGUGGAGGGCGAUUUUUGUCCACCGCAGCGACCGGAGCACUCUCACCGACUUCGAGGAGGGUCUGCGCAUCAUCAGCAACGACAUCGCCUUGGUGGACGGACUGGAGCAUCACCAGCUGUUGUUGGCCGUGUAUCGCCAGUUGCGCCCUCCAACGUUGCCGGCUAUGGCCUCGGUACCUCGAGGCGCGAUCUCCCUGACCGAUGGCCACAUUUCACGGCCUUCGUUGCUCGGGGUAGCCAUUGGUUACCUCACGAGCACGGCUGUGGGCGACGCGCCCUGUGUGCUGACCGGCAUGGCCGGAGCGGGAAAGUCGGUCCUGGCGUCCGCAGUUGUCCGAGAUGAGAAGGUCCGCGAGGUGGGUCGUGACGCGAAGAAUCAACUCCACGAUUGGUUGGAAGGGCUUGCGUUGCGAGUGGCGUCAACGUCAGGGACUACUGCCCCCGGGCUGGGCAGCGUGGAAGAAGUGACGCGUUACCUGAAAGCGGUAUGUGCCGACGCCGUGUCACCGCGCUUGGUCGUGCUCGACGACGUGUGGGAGCGGGAGGUCGUUGACACCCUGAAGCUGACGGGCCUGCAGCUGCUCGUAACCACGCGCGACCGUUCGGUGGUGUCGAUGCCGGGAGAGUGCGUGGAGGUGGGGGAUAUGCAGGAGGACGAGGCCCUGGAGGUACUGAGAGUCGGCUGCGGGGCAUCCAAGAGCCUCGAGUUACCGCGUGCUGAGGCGUUGCAGGCUCCUGGGGCUGCCAAGACGUUCGCUGCACAGCUCGUGAAUCAGUCCAUGCUCCAGCCUGCAGGGGAUGCUUUUCGCGUUCACGAUGUAGUCUUGCUGUUCCUCAAGCCCAAGCUCAAAGCCGAUCGCAGCCGGCCUAUUGCAACGUCCCGUAUCGCGGAGUAUCUGGGGCAGCUGAACGUUCUGCGAAGAUACGUCGAGAACGGGGAGAAGAGCGACGGUGUGUAUUCCUUGAUGGCCCUUUGGAGGUCGGUGGAGGACCUCGUGGGGGAGAACCAAGUCGCAGCUGUGUACACGAAGAACCUCCAAGGGGUACCGGAGAGAGCACCGUGGCGACAGGCUGGCCGUGUUUUGCACCUUAUGGGCAAGCAUGAGGAAGCUGAGCCGCUGUACCAACGCUCCCUCGCCAUCUGCGAGACGUCUUUUGGCCCUGAUCACCCCACGGUGGCCGCAGCACUCAACAACCUGGCGGUGAUGCUGGAGAACCAGGGCAAGUAUGCUGAGGCGGACCCUCUGUGCCUUCGAGCUAUUGAGAUCGGAGAGGAAACGCUGAGCCCUGACCACCCAAGCCUGGCAACCAGGCUCAACAACCGUGCCGCGUUGUUGCAGGCACAGGGCAAGUAUGCCGAGGCGGACCCUCUGUACCUUCGAGCUAUUGAGGUCGGAGAGAAAACGCUGGGCCCUGACCACCCAGACCUGGCAACCAGGCUCAGCAACCGGGCGGGGUUGUUGGAGGCACAGGUGUAUGCGCGACCUUUGUUUGGAUCUUCCCCGAGUCGACCUUGA